AUGGUUCGCUUCUUACGGUACUGCAGCGUCCUAGUGGCGGCCGCCGUCGCCACCGAGGUGCUGCCCGAGUGCGCGUCCUCGUGUACUCGAGGCGGCACGACAGGGUGCUACGGAUGCCCCGACUGGGGCUACGCCGUCAACGCCUACGCCAUGGCGCGUGAGAAUGGCGCCGUCGAUUUGUCGAGCGACGAGCUCAACCCGUACUUUGCCGAGACUGCUCCGCCAGCACCCUCCGCCCGACUGAGCGCCAUCGGCACCACCAGCACUGGCGUCGUCGCCCUACCAACCGUCGUUUUCUCGUGGGUCGUGGCCCUUAUCCUCGUGUAA